AUGUCGAAUGCGAUAGAUUUUGGAGUUGUUGACGAUUCGGAGGAGCCUGCGGUGUACACCACUUUUUUGCCACGCCCAAUAUCUGCCCUAGCCAGGGUUAAUUUGGUGCUACAUGAGCACCCCGUUGUCAAGUAUAAGACCAUCACUAGGGUCAGAGGUGGUGAUGAGCCGUUGUUGAGUGGGGAAGAAGAGAGGUACGGCACAGAGGAUGAACGGGAUACUGAGAAACGUUUGGUGGAACAUAACUAUGAUUGGUCGUUGCAGUAUUUGCCUGGUUUACAAUUCGGGGUGGUGAGUAUUAGAAGGAGUUAA